AUGGACAUUCAGAUUCUCUCUGAUUUGCACCUCGAAUCUCCAAAGGCCUACGAUCUGUACAACAUCCCUCCAAAGGCACCAUAUCUUGCCCUCCUCGGCGAUAUUGGGAAUGUCGUUGCCCACAAGGAUGAUAUUCUCACUUUCCUGAUGAGACAUCUUCGUCAAUUCAAGACUAUUCUUUUCGUUCCAGGGAAUCACGAAGCAUAUCACUCGAGCUGGGGGGAAACAAUUGCUGUUCUUCGUGAAUUUGAGGAACGGGUCGAACACGACGCUUCACUUGGCCAAUUUGUGGUGCUUGAUCGCGGGACAUAUCGUCCCCCAGGGUUAGAUACUGUCAUUCUGGGCUGCAGUCUCUUCUCUCAUGUCCCUAGAGAAAGCGAGAUGGCUGUGGAAAUGGGUCUGAAUGAUUUCUUUCUUAUUAAAGAUUGGACUGUGGCGGAUCAUAACAACGCCCAUCAGAGGGAUCUUACUUGGUUAAAUGACGAGGUAGCCAAGAUCGAGGACAACGACAGUGCCACCAACAUCAUCAUUCUUACUCACUGGAGUCCAUCUCGGCUUCCUGGUGUUACGGAUCCCAAACAUAUGGGAAGCCCUAUCACCAGCGGAUUUUCUACAAAUCUAACGAACGAAAGAUGCUGCAAUAGUACUAAAGUCAAGGUGUGGGCUUUCGGACAUACGCAUUAUAACUGCGAUACUGAGAUUGAGCGAGAAAAUGGCGCAGGGACGCUAAGGCUACUGGCUAAUCAGCGAGGGUAUUACUUUGCGCAGGCUGAUGGGUUUGAUGUUGAAAAGACUAUCCUAGUAUAA